UCUCCAAUGGGUGGGCAGCCACCGCAGUGACUGCUGGGCUGGGUGGAAGCUUGGGAUCCCACAGGUUCUUCCUCCUCGCGCAGUUACUGCUGCUGCUUCCUCAGCCUUGCCGCAUGCACCAUGCAGCCCCCUCACCUCCUCCUCUUCCUCUUUCUCCCGAUCCUCCUCCCUGGGAUGUGGGCAGACCUGGAGGCAGAGCCACAGGUUAUCCAGUACCUCCUCACUGGCCUCUUUGCCAACAUCAGCUCUGCUGAGGUGUCAUGCGUGGCACUUGUAGGGGACAUAUCCAUCUUAACACUGGAUCCAGCCAACUGGAGCGUCCACUUCCACUGGCCGUGGGCUAGCCAGGCUGCAGCUGAAGGAGAUGGGGAAAAGAUCAUGUCCCAGUACAAAAUUGUUCUGCGCAAUAUGAUCCGAUUUGUGCACGACACAGUUCAGCAGACAAAACAGCAUUACCCAUUGGUGGUCCAGUUCCGUGCAGGCUGUGUGCUGUAUCCCAAUAUGACAAGCCAAAGCUUCCUGAAUGUUGGCUGGGGUGGCAGAGACCUCGUAACUUUCGAGGUAGAUAAACAACGCUGGGAGGCCCAGCAGCCAUCCCAGGUGGCAGAGGUGGUCAGCAAGAGCCUCAACAGGCAGAAGUCUGUCAGCGUGCUCCUGGAGUACCUUCUCACCAUCUGGAUAUGCCAGAGCAACUUACAAACCCUGAAGAGGUAUGGGAGAGAAAUUCUGGAGAGACAAGAGUUGCCUGUGGCCACGGUCUUCACCCGCACCCCCAGCCUAGACCAGCUGCUGCUUGUUUGCCAUGUCACUGGCUUCUACCCCCGUCCCAUCAGCGUGGCCUGGCUGCGGGAUGGCCAGGAGGUGCCUCCGGGCCCGGCGCUCAACACCAGCACCAUCCUGCCCAACGCUGACCUCACCUACCAGCUCCGCAGCGUCCUGGCCGUGGCCCCCCGUGAUGGGCACAGCUAUGUCUGCCGUGUGCGCCACCACAGCCUGGGCACCCGCAGCCUUCUCAUCCCAUGGGAAAACCGCAGCACAGCUCCAGCCAUCAGCAUCACCAUUGCAGUGCUGCUUCUUGUGGCCACAGCCUCUGCUGGGGGAUUUUGGUGGUGGAAGAACAGGACAGGUAACGAGGCUACAUGGGAGACCCAGGAAUUCAUCAUUUGAGGCCUGGUUCCCCCACAGAAACAACUGCUUGCUCUCCCUUCUUACUUCAUGUCCCAUCCCUGACCCAUCAGCACCAAUACAGCUUUUUUCUGGAAAACCACUGCAUUAAACAGCUGCAAAUUUCCCCUGAUGCAUGUGGCUGUUGUGUCUCUCACCCUUCUUUCCCCUCAGGAGCUUUUCUCAGGAAACCACUCGGCGCACUACAGAGACUCCAUAUUGCAGCUAGAGACUUCCUUUUCCUGGACCCUAGUUGGUCUCCACCUGGCAUGUCAGGAGA